CGCCUCGCCGUCCUGGACAGAGGCAGCGUGCAGAGCGCAUGUAAGGUGCGGAGGCCGUCGGACAAGGGCCGCGAAUCGGCUGUUUGGGGGGUGGGGGGUGGCUAGGAGGGCACGGCCAGGGCAAUCAGGCUAGCAGGGCAAAGCCAGGGCGGCCUGCAGAGCCCAGGGAAGCUCAGGGGUCCUGGCAGACAUGGCCCCCACCCAUCAGAUCGCGCGGCCUGUCAGGUACGCAUGCGCAGCUGCAGCGCUCUGCUCUUCCCCACCCCUUCGGCCUGCGCAUGCGUGGCCUGCCCCUGCGGCAGACGGCGCCCCGAGUGACUACCCUCUGCGUGUGACUGCCUCCUGUUGGCUGCAGAUGUUUUGAAUUUGACCCUUGCCUGUCAGCUCUUGGCCCUGUGCAGGCCUCAUUCUUUCCAACAGACACAACAUGAACACCUCCCCAGGCACAGUGGGCAGUGACCCUGUCAUCUUGGCAACUGCAGGCUAUGACCACACCGUGCGCUUCUGGCAGGCCCACAGUGGGAUCUGCACCCGCACUGUGCAGCAUCAGGACUCUCAGGUGAAUGCCUUGGAAAUCACACCAGACCGAAGUAUGAUUGCUGCUGCAGGGUACCAACAUAUCCGCAUGUAUGAUCUCAACUCCAAUAACCCCAACCCCAUCAUCAGUUAUGAUGGAGUCAAUAAGAACAUUGCAUCUGUGGGCUUUCAUGAGGAUGGUCGCUGGAUGUAUACUGGUGGGGAGGACUGCACAGCUCGCAUCUGGGACCUCAGGUCCCGGAACCUGCAGUGUCAGCGCAUCUUCCAGGUGAAUGCACCUAUUAACUGUGUGUGUCUGCAUCCUAACCAGGCAGAACUCAUCGUGGGUGACCAGAGUGGGGCUAUCCAUAUCUGGGACCUAAAGACAGACCACAAUGAGCAACUGAUCCCUGAACCUGAGGUUUCCAUCACAUCUGCCCACAUUGAUCCUGAUGCCAGCUAUAUGGCAGCAGUCAAUAGCACUGGAAACUGCUAUGUCUGGAAUCUAACAGGAGGCAUUGGUGAUGAGGUGACCCAGCUCAUUCCUAAGACCAAGAUCCCAGCCCACACACGCUACGCCCUACAAUGCCGCUUCAGUCCUGAUUCCACGCUCCUUGCUACCUGCUCAGCUGACCAGACAUGUAAAAUUUGGAGGACAUCCAAUUUCUCCUUAAUGACAGAGCUCAGCAUCAAGAGUAGCAACCCUGGAGAGUCAUCUCGAGGCUGGAUGUGGGGCUGUGCCUUCUCAGGGGACUCCCAGUACAUUGUCACAGCUUCCUCCGACAACCUGGCUCGGCUCUGGUGUGUGGAGACAGGAGAGAUCAAGAGGGAGUAUGGUGGCCAUCAGAAAGCUGUUGUCUGCUUGGCCUUCAAUGACAGUGUGCUGGGCUAGCCUCUGCCCCUUGGGGCUACAUUGGACCGUCAGGACUACCUGGUAUAAUGGCUCUAAGUGGAUAUAACUGAACAAUAUCCUGGUCCAAGUGAGAUGCUCCAGUCAGCCUCUGCCUGCCAAGCCAACUGGACCUAACCAAGUUACCCUGACCACUCUUGGUCAGCUAGACUUGCCAGGCCUCUCCACCCUGGGGCUUUCUUUCCUUGUCAAGCAACUCACUGGGAGUCUAUUCUGUCUUCAGAAAGGUUGGACUUGGAGCUAUUGAGGGGAUCUGAGGCUUGUUCCUACUUUCCAGGCAUGCUUCCUCCCUUUCCCCUCCCUACCCCUGUUUAGGUCCAGAGGCCCCAGAGAUUACAACCAUGGCCAGGUGGAAGGGUUUAUUAGUCCCCACCAUCAGCUAUCCUCCUCUGUGAUGCUGGUGACCAGGCCAGCCUAUUGACCUAUAGGGACAGGGCUAGCCUGUGGGACCAAAGACCAGGCUGGGCCAGGCAAGGCCAGGUGGUGGGGCUUAGUCUGGGAGGUAAUAAAAGCAGACUGACACACAGA